AUGGUUGGAUUUGGUUUGGCUGCCGUUGCGGCGGCUUCCAAAUUUCUCGAAGAAUAUGAAAAUCGUGUUGUUGCUCUUAACGGCCUUUCCGUAAACAUGCUGAAAAAUAUUGGUGUUUGGGAAUUUAUUCAGUCAUUCCGUUCUCAGCCUGUAAAUAAAAUGAAAUCAAACCUUUACUUAACGUUUCAACGCAAUCCCUUGGCAUAUAUAGUAGAAAAUGAUUUAGUUAUUGAAUCACUUUGUAAUUAUUUGGGAUCUAAUAAUAAUUCUUCAAAUGUGACAAUACUAUAUGAAACACAAGCUGAAAACAUUCAGCUGCCUUCUUCAGAUCAUCCAGAACAUUUAGUUCGUGUAGACGUUCAACAAAGGACACAAGCUAAACAGGAAACUGUUGAAACAGAUCUACUUAUUGGUGCUGAUGGGUUCAAUUCACUUGUCCGUAGAACAGCUAAUAUUCAUAAAAUUGGUUGGAAUCAUAAUCAAAAAGCUAUUGUAGCAACUUUAAAAUUGGAACAGGCUAACAAUGAAUCUAUCGCUUGGCAAAGGUUUCUACCAACAGGCCCAGUUGCAUUACUCCCAUUGUCAAAAGAAUAUUCACCAUUAGUUUGGAGUACAACUUCGUAUGAAGCUGAUCGUCUUAUGAAUUUAAAAGAUUUAGAUUUUAUUCAAGAGUUGAAUGACUGUUUGACUAAACCUAAUGAAUCGACGUCACAAAUUGGUGCACUUUUCAAUAAGAUGGGACAAUGUUUUGCUAGUGUUGUUGAUUACUUUGGUAAUCAAAUAAAAUCUACAGACAAUGAAAGUGAAUCCAGCUCAUUUUCAACACCAACAGUAUUAUCGAUUCAACCAAAUACGAAAAGGGCUUGUUUCCCUCUAGGUUUUCAACAUGCCACAUUUUAUUCAGCUCCUCGUGUGGCACUAGUGGGUGAUUCUGCUCAUCGAAUACUACCACUUGCUGGUCAAGGUGUUAACCUUGGUUUCGGUGAUUUUGUUUCAUUGGUUAGGCAUUUAGAAGAAGCUGUUUUGCAUGGAGCUAAUAUUGGAAGUUUAGCUUAUCUUAAAGAUUAUACAAAUGAACGACAAAGAAUUAUAGUACCAUUAGCUGGUACAUUAGAAUUAAUUUAUUUAUUAUAUUCAACUGAUGCAUAUUGUAAACAAAAUAACAAGGAAUCAUCUUCUGUUUGCCGUGAUUCUGCAAUAUCAUAUUUAUUAAAUAAUAUUAUCACAGAUAUUCGUGGAACUGGGAUGAGUACUGUUCAAUCUAGUAAAUUAUUGAAGGAAUUUUUGAUGGCAGUUGCUGUCACUGGACAAAUCCGAACAACACAAUCGAAAACCACUUAUUGCUUGUAG